AUGGCCCAGCCCCAGGAAAACAUCAAUGGCAUCGUUGCUGCUUUCUACGUGUGUGCCAGGAGCGACGGCGACUGCGGCGCCCUGAGCAGGGAGGAGCUGAGGCAGCUCAUCCAGCAGGAGUUCGUGGAUGCGAUGGAGAACCCCCAGGACCCCAAAACCGUCAAGAAGGUGCUGCACUUCCUGGAGGAUGGCAGCAACCGCAGGGUUGACUUCAGUGAGUUGCUCAGCCUGGUUUUCCGCAUGGCCAAGGCUUGUUACAAGCCACUCCAGCAGCACCAGGUGCAGGAAGGUGGGCAAGAGCUGACAGUGCAAGAGGAGGCAGGUGGGGAGCAGCUGCUGGGGCCACACACAGCAGGGAGGGUCUCCCACAACCAGCAGAUCCCUGAGCAGGGUGUUAACAGCCAGGUCCAGGAUACUGAGAUGCUGGACCCAGACAACCAUCAAACCCAGGAGGGUGAGACACCAGAACAGGACCUGGCCACCUGUCAAACCCAGGAGGGUGAGACAUCAAAGCAGGACCUGGACACCCAUCAAACCCAGGAAGGUGAGACACCAGAGCAGGACUUGACCACCCAUCAAACCCAGGAGGGUGAGACAUCAAAGAAGGACCUGGACACCCAUCAAACCCAGGAGGGUGAGUCACCAGAGCAGGACCAACACACUCAUCAGGAUGAUGGGACUGAAGCAGCAGAAGGGGAUCCAGAGAGAGGUGAGAUCCUGGACACUGCAACUCUGGAGCAGGACAGAAAUACCCAUAAGGCUGAAGAGGCUGAGACACCAAAACAGGACCCAAAAAUGCAACAGGCCCAAGAAACUGAGGCGCCAGGACAGGGUUCAAACCACCAUCAGAGCCCAGAGGCAGAGUCAGCAGAGCAGGACCUGAAUUUCCCUUCUGAGACACAAGGAAAAGACCCAAACAACAAGACCCAGGUCUUCAAGGCCCUUCAGCAGGACCCCAACCCUGGCAAGACCCAGAAGCUGCUGCCCCCACAGCAGGGUGAAAGAUCCCAUUGGGAUCCCAAGCCCCAGGGAAUGUGCCAUGACCCAGCUUGCCAUCAGGUCCCUGAAUCCGAGGUGCUGGAGCAGGAGCGCAGCUGGGCAGAGGCUCCGUUUUGUCCAGCACAACAGCAACAAGAGGCUCAUCACCAAAUUCAACCUGCUAUAGAGCAACAGCUCCUGCAGUCUCUGUAUCAGUGGCCACCACAGCAGUAAAGGCUGAGACCAGCCCCUGUCUAAACAAGGCUGUUGCCCCCUUCCAGGAGGUGCAUUUUAUCCAGUCCCACUCUGAUUUUUGCAUUUCUCUUCGUUCUGUCUUGUCCAAUUCCUUACCAACCCCAGGCUUCAGGCCCUUGGUUUGUACUGAGCUAUGCUUGGCUAGAGACCUUCCCUCUUACUCUGUG